CGAAGUUUCUAUUGUAAUGCACCAUAAAUUCCCAAUAAGUAUCUAACCAUAAUUCCGAUAGAUUUCCUGCCAACAGCGAAAUUGCCAAUUUAGUGUUUACAAUGCGGACGUAUGACGGAUUUAGGAAAAAAAUUUGAAGAUUGGACGCACGUUUCGCCGAAGCAAAUAAGAGAUGAAUUUCUCACAGCCGGCACCUCAUCGGCAUUGGUGACGUUCAUCGAGGCGCCGAUGGACCGCGUGAAGCUGCUGUUGCAAAUCCAGCCGGGCACUGACAAGCAGCGCUACAAGGGCAUCGUGGCGACGUUCCUGCGCAUACCGCGUGAACACGGAUUCCGGACCUACUGGCGGGGAUCGCUCGCGAAGAUGACCAAAGCUUUUCCCAACGCAGCCUUCAAUUUCACGUUCAACAGCAUAGGGCACAGGAUGUUCGUCGAAGGCCUGGAUAGAGAGAAGCAUUUCUGGUCGUAUUUCUUCCGGAAUUUGGGCGUUGGAGGAUUAGCAGGGGCCAGUGCGCUCACUAUUUUAUUUCCCAUCGAAUUCACCAUCACUCGAACGGGUGCUGAUGUUUCGAAGCAAUUCACGGGUCCCGUGGACUGCGUUAUUAAAACUCUUAAAGCCGAAGGUCCUUUCGGCGUCUACAGAGGAUAUAUGGCGUCGAUACAAGGCGUUCUUAUUUACCGCUCCACGUACUUCGGUUUGUACGAUACAUUUAAAUAUUUAUUCACCGAUACUACUAAGGCAUAUUCGAUAUCUUUAUCGUUUCUGAUCGCUUCUUCCACCACCACGCUCGCCGCCUUUUUGGCGUAUCCUUUCGAUACGGUGAGAAGACGGAUGAUAAUGCAAGCUGUCGUAGGAAAGGCGAAUAUCAAGUACAAAAAUUUGCCGCAUUGUUGGAAGACGAUCUACAAGGAAGAAGGAAUUCGGGGUUUUUAUAAAGGAUCGUUGGCGAAUAUGAUUCUGGGAUUCGGCGCUGCGGUUCUUCUCGUUGUCUUUGACGUGGCCAAGCAACGUUUCAAAGUGUAAUGUGAGAUGAACAUUUGUUGUAAAUUGGACGCGCAUUAAAAUGUAUUUUCUUAAUUACCUUAAUCUUUUUCUUAACGGCCAUUUCGGGCGGAUCUGUUCCAACGGAUAACGGCACAACUGAGCGAGAUACACUUCAUAAUCU